GAGUGACGCCACAGCCUUUAGGGAAGACGACAUUUUAUGUGAAUCGCGCGUCCACGGCAUGUCUGAAGAAUUUUGUGCCAAAUACUUAAAUUUCAUUAUAAAAAUUUUAGUUGCUAAGAUUUCAUAAAGAAAAAUUUACGUACUUUAAUAAGAUCUUUGACACCAUAUCUGACAUGUAUAACCCAUCUAUAAGUUGUAGUUAUAGCUACCAUAAAUACAGCUCUAAUAUGAGUUCUCGAGGCCGUGGAUUUAAUUCUCGGGGAGGCAGUUCUUAUAGAGGAAGAGGUGGCGGUAGUGGAAACGAAUGGAAUAGUGGAUCAACAGGAGGAAACAUGUCUAGCAGAGGAGGUUAUUCCUCGUCUAGAGGAGGUCGAUUUAAAUAUUCAACUACUAGUUAUGAUUCUCGUUCAAAAUAUAAUUCUGGAGGUUCAGAAAGAUAUUCUAGUAGAGGAGGAAGAGGUGAACAUUCAAAUAGUUACAAAAGACCAAGGGAUUCUUAUUCUGGAAGAGAUGAACAUCGUUCAUCAAGUGAUUCAACUCGUAAAAGGAUGAGAAGUGAUUCAUAUCAGGGUGGAGGUAGCGGUAGCGGCUCUCAGAGGUAUUCUUCGUCGUAUGGUGGUUCAUCUGCAUCAGCUCCUUAUGACGAUAAUAAGGGAUCGUCAUCUUCGGCCGUGUAUGAGGACAAGAGACAGAGCGAACGUGCUUCGUCAUACCAUCGCUCAGAGGACCGUCAUUCAGCAUCACGGAGCUAUGCACCUCCACCACCCCCUCGAAUUAGUGAAAUGGCACCUCCAACUCAGAGAUAUAGCUCGAGCCGAGGGCGAAUAUCGCAUCAAAGCUCAAACUACAGAGGUCGUAUUUCAACUCGCGGCAGCGGAAGAGGGGGUGGAUUCCAUCGCAUGAGCUCUCGAUCGGACGUCAUCAUGGCUCGCAAGCGUACUCUACACUCACUCGACUAUCGACGCAAGCUGCUAGGAUCGCGAUCGCGAGACUACAUCCAGCGUGUGCGCAUGACCACAACCAAAUUGCGCAGGAGUAGCGGUACUACUAGGCUAUCCGGAAGUAAAAAGGAGUCAGGAUCAGGAACCAGUAUGAAGGACAAGGAUAGAGAGAUGACCAAAGCUAUUAACGCUGAAUUUUCCGAUGACGAUGAAGAGGAUGAUGAUAACAAAAGUAAUUGGGAUGAUGAUGAUAAGCCACAUGAACGCGAUGAUGAAGAGGAAGAGGAAGAAGAAGAGAAAAUGAAAAAAGAUGAAAAAAGAAAGAAAGAAAAGCAAGAUCGGGAAAGGCAAAAUACCGAAGAUGAGGAAGAAAAAGAAGAUGAAGUAAAAGAAGAUGAAGAUGAUCGAAAACAUGAGGAUGAUGAAGACGAUGGGGAUGAUGAAGAAAGAAAUGAAAACGAUAAAACAGAACACGGUAGAGCUACUGGUUCAGAAGAAUUACCUAGUAGAAGAGAUGGGAGAAAAUUUAUUAAAUUAACUUGUCCACAUUGCGCUCAUCGUAGUGUUACUUUCAAAGAAUACUCUUUGCAUUUGUAUUCGGGCCGUCAUAGUGCAGCAAUGAGACGAAUCGCAUCGCGUCAUAAAGCAACUUUAACUCGUAUGCGUGUCUUGCAACGACAAGAACAACGACGUGUCGAAGCUCGUGAUGCUGCGCGUGGUACUUUGCCUUCUCGUACCAUGUUCUGUCCGAUUUGUAAACUCAAUUAUCGUUCUCUUAAAGCAGCACAUCAACUAUCCGAUUCCCAUCGUCAAAUGAAACGAUUUCUUACACCAUUUUGCCGCACAUGUCGUAUUCAAUUUCGAUCACCAAUGCUAUUUGAAACUCAUAUGUGUUCUUUGGAUCAUAUUAAGAGAAAAAGUGCAUUGAAAGAAAGAAUGAACGCUGGCAAUGGUGAAGCGGAAGCGGAUUCAAGUGGACCAGAAGAAGAUGACAAGGAAGUUAAUCUUGAUAAUUUCAUGACUUUGGAUUCUGUAGGUGAUGUUGAUGAAGAUGAAGAGUCUCCUGAAAAAAAAAAAGAAAAACCGGAAAGUGAAGGAACAAAUGAUACAGAAAAGAAACCUAAAAGCAAACAAAUGAUUAAAGUUGGAGCAGAAUAUAUAAAACGUGUCGAGGUUCAGUUCUGUGAAUUAUGUAAGCUAUAUCUACCACGUAGUGAAAAUAGUGAAAGAGCAAUAGCACUUCAUUGUUCAACUAGAAGUCAUCUUAAACGAUAUGUGCGCGAUAAUGAUGAUAAAGCAUUGCGAAGGCAAGCAGAAAGAAUACAUCUGCAAUCAUCGUCAUCUACCAAUAAUACUUCUACACCAAAUGCUGCAAAUAGUACAGAAAAUGCUAAAUCUCCAACUAAUUCUGAAGCACCGUCUACAAAUAACACAUUGCCAGUAACUACAACUGAUGGCACUAAUAUUGCUGAAUCUAGUAAAGCAAUUGAGCAAAAAGGGACUGUCGAAUCUGAAAAGAAUAUAAAAGACAACAAAAAUGGACAAGCGGAAGAAGAAGAUGAUGAUGAUUACCCAGGCGAUAGUAGCGAUAAGUUGUGGGAUGAUGUCGAUAAAGACUUGGGCGAUAUUUUAAGAGAAACAGAAGCAGGAGGUAAAUCAAGUGAUGAUGAAGAUUCUCGUUAUGAUCGUUUCCGUAAUUCAGAUAAGAAACAACAACAUUCUGGCAAGGAUAAAGAAAGGGAUAGCGAAAAGAAUGAAAUAGAUGAAAAAGAAAAUAUAAAAAAGCAAGAAGUGAAAGUAAAAAUUGAAAAAAUAGAUAUGUAAAGUCCAAGAAUUAUUAGUACGUUUCAACCAUAUCCUAAUGUGAUUUUAUUAUUUUUCUACAAAAAUUUGUAAAACUUUAAAAACCAUAGAAAACAUAAUAUCAGAAUUUCAUACAAAGCAAUUAUUUUUUAUAAGGUUAAAUAGUUAUUUUCAAUCAAGUUGACAAAACUCUAUGUAUAAUACUAUAUUUGUUCUCUAUAAGUUUGUUGUAAAAAUGUUGUAAAAAUGCGUAAUUUAAACAUUAUUUGUUUCAUAUAAAAUUGUGAGUAUGAAACUGUGUUUAGAUUUUUAUUUACUAAAUACUGGACAUGCUUGAAAUGUACACAUUGAUAUAAACUUCAUAAUGUUCAAUUCCUUUGUAAUUCAAAUAGUCACUAUGUACGCACAUUCAGUGACAAUGUUGACAAGAACUGUUGUAAAGGAAAUUAUUCAUAUAAGCAUGUUAAGUAUAGUUAUGUAAAAGUAGCGGUUAUUUGUGCAUUGAAAAUUUGAUGGAAUCUACAAAAAAUAACAAAAAUAUCUAAUUAAUUUCUAAUUAUUAAUGUAAAUGAAUAUAUAACAAAAUCGAUAAACUUGUCACUUUUAGAUAAGUGUAAUAAAUAUUAUAUACAUCUUAA